UAGCUGUCGUUAGCUACCGGGGGCGGACAUGUUGUACCGACCCUUCCAUCAAUAAACAGCGCUUUUAAACUGGGCUUUGGGUUUUGGGGGGAAAGCUCGUAGCUGUCGGCAGUCAUGGAUGCCGUCAACGCCUUUAACCAUGAGUUAUUCUCAUUGAUGGACUCCAAGCCGCCAAUAUCUCGGGCUAAGAUGAUCUCCAUCACCAAAUCAGCCAUCAAAGCUAUGAAACUCUACAAGCAUGUUGUUCAAAUUGUGGAAAAGUUCAUCAAAAAGUGUAAGCCGGAGUACAAGGUGGCAGGACUAUAUGUUGUGGAUUCCAUUGUUAGGCAGUCUAGGCACCAGUUUGGACCAGACAAGGAUGUGUUUGGUCCCAGGUUUACCAAAAACAUCACCGGAACGUUUGAGAACCUCUGCCUUUGCCCAGUUGAGGACAGGAGUAAAAUAGUGCGGGUAUUGAACUUGUGGCAGAAGAAUGGGGUGUUCAAAAUUGAAGUUAUUCAGCCCCUCUUGGACAUGGCUGCUGGAAGUAGCAGUGCUGCUGCACCUUUCACAGGGACAGAUGACCCAGGUUCUCCACCUCCAGCCAAAGAGCCAGUUGCUGCUGUAACAGCAAACUCCACCCUGACAUCAUCUGCACAGCUGCACAACUCUGAUGCCUUUGCUGCAGUGGCACAGCUCUUCCAGUCCUCACAGGGUCAACAGCUUCAACAGAUGCUCCAGAACUUUCAACAGCAGCCAGUGAAACCAGAGACCACCAUUCACCCUCCUCUCCAAACCAUUCAAAUCCAGUCACAGAAUGUCACCCCUGGCCUUGGUGUAGUCACUCCACAUCCUCCCCUACCCACCCAACCUGUUCAGCAGAAGACAGCAUUUGACAAGAAAUUGUUGGACCGUUUUGACUAUGAUGAUGAACCAGAAGUUGGAGAGGAAAUUAAAAAGGAUGAAAUCUCAUCACAGCCCACCUUUAUGCAGCAGCCUCCAGCCUUUCCACAGCACAUGGAGCACUUUAAACCACAUAUGAUGAAUAUGUCACAGGACCUCUCACAACAGAUUCCUCCUCCUCCUAAUGGCCAGCUGCAAGCGUAUGGUUUGCCACCUGUGCAAGGCUUCCCAGGGAUGGUUCCUCCUAUGGGGCAUCCUCAGCCAGGCCAGCCCCUCCCUGGUUCUACUGGGCCUCCUGGCUUCCAGGGGGUAUUCCCUCUGCUUACUGCAGCCCAGCAACAGCAGGAUUUUUCAAUGGAUGUGGAUCAUUCAUCUGUGAGGGAUGGCAGACAUGGUCGUAGAUCACACUCAGGCUCCAGGUCACCAAAGCGGAGAAGGUCACGGUCUAAUUCGCGUACGCGGCGUUCCAGGCACAGGCGAUCGCGCUCACGCUCCAGAGAACGUCGUCAUCAUUCCCCACGUUCUCGUUCCCAAGAGCGCAGGGACAGAGAGAAAGAACGCGAGCGACGUCAGAAAGGCCUUCCACCACUCAAGACAGAGACACUAAGCAUUUGCAGUACAACUCUAUGGGUUGGUCAGUUGGAUAAGAGAACACACCAGCAGGACGUUGCCUGUUUAUUGGAGGAGUUUGGGCAAAUUGAGUCCAUCAAUAUGAUUCCUCCUCGAGGCUGUGCUUAUAUUGUAAUGGUGCACAGGCAAGAUGCAUUCAGGGCACUCCAGAAGCUCAGCAGAGGGUCUUAUAAAGUUAAUCAGAAAACCAUCAAGAUUGCGUGGGCUUUGAACAAGGGCAUAAAGCCUGAGUUCAAACAGUACUGGGAUGUUGAGCUUGGUGUCACAUACGUACCUUGGUCUAAGGUUAGAGAGGACCAGUUGGAUGAACUAAAAGAGGGAGGAAUCCUGGAUGUAGACUCCUUAUCGCCAGAUUGGACUGGAGUGAGGAAGAAUCUGGAGAAUUCAGAAGAACUCACCCACAAUGGCCGUACUGAGCCUUCACAGCCCGAGGAACCACAAGUGUUACCUGUCAUCACUCCAGCCAUUCCUCCUGCACAGGUUCCUCCGGUGCAGCCGCAAGUGGUUGGUGUUGGUGUUCUCCAGCCUCCUGUCUUUCCUGGUCCUAUAGGCAUGCCCCCGCCUUCCUUUCCCCCAGGCGUCCCUCCUCCUCCUUUCAUGAGACCUGGCUUCAACCCCAUGCAGAUGCCACCAGGUUUCCCUCCUCCAGGUGCUAUGCCUUUAGGGCUCCCUCCUUCCUCAAAACCUGAGGACACACCUUUGGACCCAGCAGGUCUGGGCAGCAGAAAAAAUGAUGAAGGCCCUGAUGGUCCCGGCCUUUUCAACAACCAGAUGGGACCUAUGGGUAACCAGGUAGUUGGACUUCCAGGUGGUCCUCCAGGAAACAUUCAGGCCCCCUCAGGUGGUCUGCUUGGGGCCCGGCCCGGCAUAAUCCCACUCCAGCGUCCUCCGGGUCCACCACCACAUUUGCCGCGUUUCCCUCCUCCACAUGGCCCUCGACCCCCUCAUCCCAAUAUGCCUCCUAUACCUCCACAGAUGAUUCCCAGAGGACCGCAUCCUCCGAUGAUACACCACGAACCACCUCCACCCAGACCUGGCUUUGGAAUGCCCCCUCCACACAACAUAAGAGGUCCGUUCCCUCCACAGGGGCAUGGGCCACCUCCUCAAGGCCUUCCUCCUCCUUUUAUCAGACCUGGUGGUCCUCGGGGCAUGGAAGGGCCAGAGGAAAUGGACAACAGGCAAUUCAGGGGGGAAAGGCCUGGAUUCAGGGACCGAGAGUCAGAGAGGGACAGAGACUGGGAUCGAGACAGGGAUAGAGACAGAGACCGAGGGUUUGGUGGAGGAAGGCGUCCAUUUGGUGAUGGAGGCAGAGGAGGAGGUAGUGAUAGAAUGGAUGGACGGGACAGGCUCGUAGGCUGGCAGGAAGAUGGAGGAGACCAUCGGGGAGGAGGCUGGGAGCGAGACAGAGACAGAGAUCGGGAUAGAGACCGCGAGCGUGACCGUGACCGAGAUAGAGAUAGACGAGACUGGAGAGAGAGGCGAAGCAGCCUGGAUAGCGACAGAGAACGAGGGAGGGGUGAAGACGGGGAGCGGGAGCGAGGAGAACGAGGAAGGGGAGAAGGAGGCAGCCGAGACAGAGGGAGAGGAGCCGAAGGCAAAGACAGCGAUAGGCCACGACGAUCAGAGCGGCGAGAGAGGACCACGCGAUGGGACAGGGAUGACCGACUGGCUGAACUGGAAAACAUGGACAGGUUGCGGACCUCUGACACCUCAGGGCAACCUCGUUUGACUCCGGCAGUUACCAAGGAAACCGGUAAAGACCCAAGUGUGGAAAGUUCUCAAAACCAGGCAGAAUCAGAACCUUUAGCUCCGACCGUAGAAGUUACUAAUGCUGCUGCAGAGCCAGUUCCUUCUGGGCCCUCACCUUUAACUCAGAGUGAUGCCACAGAGGCUAAACAGGAGACUGCAUCAUAGACCGACUCACUACUUGUUCAGACUGGGAUUGUUUUUAAACCAUAGCUAAAAGAUAAAAUGGACAGUUUCACUUUUUUAGUUGCUAAUUGACAGUGUCUGGGCAGUUAUGUCUGGAAAAUGGACAUGUUAAGCAGAAGAAAAUGUGUUGUGUUGUUUCUCAGACUUAACAGCUUACGGUCAAAUUUGGCUUUGUGUCCAUUUUCAACAACACACGAAAAUCAGUUUGGAUCGUUAGCUGUUCUAGUUUUACUUCAUGUACAUUGUAAGUAUGAAUGGAGUGCCUGCAUGUUAACUUAAUUCUGCAAGUUGAGGUUAUUUUGAGCUAAGAUUAAUGUUUUUAUGUUUUAAGUUGGUUUGCUAAAACUGAUUUGUUUUCAGAAGUGUAUUUUGGCACACAACCUCAUAUGUGGUGUAGCAGGCACUCCUCAGUAUACCAACAAGAUGAAGAUGGUCAGUUUGAAAUGUCUUUUAAACAUUGCCAAAAUGUCACACACUGAAUAGUUUAUAAGAUCCACUUACUUUUGUUCAGCGUUUUCAUUAUGUCUUGUGUUUUUUGUCGGCCCCUUACUCCCAUAACACAGACACAAAGGCAUAGCUGCGAAAGGACCAAUGUGCCCUUAGAAUCUAACAGACAUUAUUUGUCUUUUAAAGUACAACAUAGAGAGUUAACCUUCCUGAGUUACCGUUAUAUGAUAGAGAAUAAUGCCUUACAGUGUCUGAACUCAGCUCUCCGUUUUUAUCAUUUUGAAACAUGGUCUAGCUCACACAGAACAAAAACCUAACGUAGUAAUUUCAUUACAUGCAAUGCAGUAAAUAACGAAUUGGUGACAGUAGCAUGGAUAUUUGCACGCUGAAAACAUUGUCAAACAUCCUAUAUAUUUUAGGAAUACUAAAACUCACUUAAGAUGGAGUCUACAUUUAUUUGGAAGUCAUAUUUUCCUGAAAAGGGCAAUCAGGCUACCACUUUUGGUGAAAAACACGCUCCCGUAAUUCUAAUAAUGACAAAUACAAGUUCUUCAGAUUCUUGAAUACACAUUUCUUUUCUAACUUUUGGUCAGAAGCAAAAAUAUUAAUAUGAAAACAGAUUAGCUGUUUAUGCUUUUAUGAUAAAACCUUUAUGAAAGGCAAGAUGCAUGUGACAUUAUACAACAACAUACAGUAGUUGCAGAAAAGUUGUUUUUAGCACGUUGUACCUACAUUGACGCAAGUAGGAAGUGAGAAAUGUGAGGAUAUUAUGGAAUUUAUUUCAAAUAAAACAGUGAAGUGCUGUUAAAUUAAAUUCACCCAUCCUACACUGGACAGAUUUGACUACUUGGUUUAGUUUUGUUUUGUAGUCCCAGUUUUUGGUAACAUUAAACAUGCAGCCAAAUUUGGAGGUGGAGCAAUGGAAAGGUGUAUUUCUCUGUGGUGGCAUUGAACUUCUCUACUGUUCUGUUUUAAACAUUUACAUAAUACAUUUUAAGAAAGUAAAAUAUCUAAAACACUCAGAUGUCUAUUCACUAAAAUAUUUCAACUGACUGAUUUUUUUUUUAAACAGGUUGGGUUAUGUACAGAUCUUUUUCUGUUAAAAUUAUUCCACAAACCACUUUAUAGAUCGUAUGAAAAAAAAAAAAAAAAACAAAAACAUGAAGUUAAUCCCAUGUUUUGUGAGCAUUUAUAUGGAAACAAAUUAGCAGAUGGACUUUUUUUUGCCUUUUUUUCUGUGUAUAUGAAUGGAAGGAGCCAGUAACGUUUGGGUCAAACUAAUGAAAUGUUUGAAUAUUUGUUCCAUUGUCAUCUUGUGUGUCAGUCAAACACAAAUGUGAAUUACUUUUGUGACAUGACAAUACAAAAUUAAACCCUGUAGCUACGAUAAAAAUGUCUGCUUUGAUAAACACAUGCUAUAAACUGAGUGUCUAUUUGUCUGCAGACACACUGUAUCUGACUAAUAAGUUGUUAAUGUCUGAUGCUCCGAUUCUGCAAUCCCAACUCCUGUGCUUGAAUAAUUUAAACACAAAACAACCAAGGGCAAUGCUCAGUUGUGAUGAAACGAAGAGCGUCGCUUGGGAAGCACUGCUGUAAAUAUGCCUCUAUCACUGACGAUUCCAAGGUGUAGUAAUUAUUGUUCAUAACUCGUCUUGAAUUUAAGACAAACAAAUUAACCUGGAAGCAACAACACAGGCCCUUUGCUUUAAUGUUUUUAACUCCCAGUGGUUUGAAAGUUGACUGAUGUUUCUAUAAUUUGUUAAAAACACAAAAGACAUGGACAUAAAGUCUUCGAUAUUUCAGCCAUAGCAAACUGUUUUUAAUAAACUAUUUUUGUACCAAA